AGGCGCUGGAGGCAGCUGCUCUCUGCAUCUCAGCAGGUUUGGUGUUAAAGCUGCUUGCUUGCGCUGACACUGACCCCGCCUCUCCGCCGUGCAGGAAUGGCCGCCACUGGGAAUCUGUCUGAAGAGCAGGUGCACUGCUCCAUUUGUCUGGACGUCUUCACCAACCCUGUUUCUAUCCCCUGUGGACACAACUUUUGCCAGAACUGCAUCCUGGGAUACUGGAAGACCAGCCCUCUGUUUCAGUGCCCCAUGUGCAAGAAGUCCUUCCACAAGAGGCCAGACAUCAGCGUCAACACGGUCCUGAGGGAGAUCGCCGAGCAGUUCAAGCAGAUCCGGGUCAAGAGCGUGGAGGAGAAGGCCAGCGCCAAACCAGGAGACGGGACAGCAAAGAAGUGGACGAUGGAGAGGAGGAAAAAGGAGGAUGAGGAGAGGCUUUUGGAGGAGGAUAAGAAGCAGCAGCUUGUGGAGGAGCUGAAGCAAAAACAGGAGGAAGAUCAGAGAAAGAAGCAAGAAGACUUACCUCCAUUAAUCCCUCCGGAGCUCGCCUCCAAAGGAUCUCCUUCAACCUCACCUCAAACUGCAGCUGCACCACCUCUGCCAGAAAUGUCCCCGCCUCCUUCACCUCCAUCCCCGUCCCCUCUUCUCUGGGAGGAGGUCCUGUGCGACGUCUGUUUAGGGGAAGGGCGUCCCAAAGCAGUCAAGUCCUGCCUGGUGUGCCUGAGCUCCUACUGCGAGGAGCACCUGAAGUCCCACGCCGCCCGCUUCACCAAGCACAAGCUGAUGGAGCCCGUAGCCAACAUGGAGGACAGGAUGUGUCCGAAGCACGAGCGGCUGCUGGAGCUCUUCUGUAAGAAGGACCAGACGUGCGUGUGCGUGCUGUGCACGGAGACCGACCACAGGGCGCACUACACCGUCCCCGUGGAGAGGGAGUGGACGGAGAAAAAGGCACAGCUGAAAAGAACAGGGAUUGAUGUGCAGCAGAUGAUCCAGGACCGGGUGACCAAGGUGGAAGAGAUCAAACUCUCUCUGGAGCUGAACAAAUCCAGUGCUAAGAGAGAGAUGGAGGAGAGCAUGCAAGUCUUCUCCGAGCUGGUGCGCUCCAUCCAGAGAACGCAGGCCGAGCUGGUCCUGGCCAUCGAGGAGAAGCAGAGGCAGACGGAGCGCCGCGCACAAGGCCUCAUCUCCGAGCUGGAACAGGAAAUCUCUGAGCUGAAGAGAAGGAACACUGACCUGGAAAAUGUGGCUCGGACGGAUCACAUUCACUUCUUAAAGAGCUUCCCUGCCCUCAGCACUCCUCCGUCUGUGAAGGACUGGUCUGAAACCAGCGUUCCCACUGACACCUGUGUGGGAAUGAUCCGAAGAACCGUCUGCAACCUGGAGGCUACCCUAACCGAAAUGAUUGACAAGCUAUCGGAAAGUGAGAUCACAAAGGUUCAGAAAUAUUCAGUGUACGUAACUCUGGACCCGGACACGGCCAACCCGUGGCUGCAGCUGUCUCAGGAUCGGCGUCAGGUGAGGCACCUGGGGGCCUGGCAGGACCUCCCCGACCACCCUGACCGCUUCGACACUGUGGUGAUAGUACUGGGACGCGAGGGCUUCACGUCCGGCAGACACUACUGGGAGGUCCAGGUGGGGGACAAAGACGACUGGUACAUCGGAGUGGCCAGGUCUUCGGUGAACAGGAAAGGCAGGAUCUCUGUCAGCACAUCUCAGGGCUAUUGGGCUCUGGCCCUGAAAAAAGGCCAGGGCUACCGCGUGUCCACAGCCCCACCGCUGCAGCUAUCCCUCGAGUCCAAGCCCAAAAGGGUGGGAGUGUACGUGGACUUUGAGGAAGGUCAAGUCUCCUUCUACGACGUGAAAGCUCGGACCCACAUUUACACGUUUGAGGCUACUUUCACAGAGAGGAUUCAACCCUUCUUCUACCUUUACUGCUGCGACAAAGCCUCUGAGACCAUGGUGAUCAGUCCUGUGAGCGAGAAAAGCCUCAUCAAGCAAAGCUAAGGAUGUGAAAAAGGACAGACUGUAUGGAUAAGUGUGACGAUCGCAUGCCCAAUCUUCCUGUGUGUUCCUCCUUCAGACCCAACCGCUUCCUCUAAACUCAUUAUUGAUGUUGUUUUAACACAUUGAACUGUUGCCUCAUUUCACAGAUUUAAGAUUAAAGAAACACAUUUCCGCAGUAACGUUUUGAUAGAUAGAAGAGAGAUGGAAGAAAAGACGUGUGAACACAUACCUCAGUAAUGGAUGGGAUGUGAGAGCAUUUGGGUUAAUUUAGCUGAUUUGUUAGAGGAAGAUGCUGAAGUUUAUUUUGAAUUUUGUUGUUUUAGACAAAGUUGAGACAAAAUGUAAUGGUUUUUUUUGUUUAUCUUUAACACUUUAAUUCCCUGCUAAACCAAACAGUUAAGCACAAUAAAUGUUCUAAUCGCCAAAACCUACAUUAUAAAGAAGAAAAUAAUUAGGGCUGAAUUGAUAUAAUCCAUUAAUGAAUCUGAAUGGAUCUAAGCUUAAUAAAUCAAUAAUCGAUCCAUAAAAGUAGAGAUCAAUUUAGCACAUAAAGUGAAAGUCUGCUAGCUUGAUGCUAAUGUUUAAUGGGAUUUCCCGUUGGGCGGCUAAUGUUAACACUCGGUCAACUUAAACAUACAUUGCUGACUAAAUGUACUUCUUUAUGUACUUACAGGUAUCCAUUUUCCAAACUCCAAAAGGAAAUAUUUUUAAAGUAACCAUUUGUGUUCUAAAACACAUUUGUUUUGCUCAUUCUUUCUUCUUCUUCUGGAAUAAGGUGUAAUGCUUUAACUCGAUCGCCACCUAGUGGUGGAAACUCCUUACAGGAGAAGCAGAACAAUUGCUUCUCCCUUUGAGUAACACUGAAUGCUGUUAACAAUCUCAUUAUAAUUUAAUAUAUACACUUUAAAGUGUGCAAUGUAUAUCAGAUUAAUAUAAAUAUCUUCAAAAAUCUAAAUCUGUUAAUUGUAUAAACUCAAAAUUGAACUCAAUAAAAUUAAAGUGAUUGAAUCGCAAGAACAGAAAAAAAAAGAAAAAAAUCUUAAUCGGAUCGUUUCAAGCUCUGGUGAAUUGAAUCAAAUUGAUUCUGGAAAUUACUGGCAAUACCCAGCUCUAGAAAAAAAAAACAUUUCGUAAACAAGUCGUAGUUUUGGGUGAAAUUGUGAUGCUUCUGAACAAAUCCACCAAACCCGGCGUGAAUCUGCAUUCACAUCCAACGUGAUUCAUUUGUCAAAUUUACGUCCGCUGCCUCCUUUUCAACGUGCAUCAAAAUGGACUCUUUUCUAAAACUGUGUUCAUAAACUUGACACUCCUGUCGCGUAUCAGAGAAGCUACUGCCAGUUUUUAGCCUCAUCGAACAUGUUGUCCGUAUAUGUCAUUUACAUAGAUGACACGGAUGACGUUGAGAGAUCAGGUUCAUUUAUUUUGAGAAGCUCUAGAAAAACAUUUGUGAGCACGUGUUCAAGUCUGGGUUCAUGAGAUCAUUCAGCCUUUUUCUUUUUUUUUAUUUCGGUUAGGUUCACCAUCUAUUACAGGAGCUGAUGACUUGUCUUACAUUAGUCAGAAGAAGGAAAAGGUAGAAACUAAGAUAAUAUUUUUUUGAUGCAAA